AUGCGGAUGCGGACCGGACAGGGAGCACGGCGGGGGAUGGCGGCGGCGGACCUGCAGGAGCUGCGGGCGCUGGUGGAGCGGGCGGGCGGCCGGCGGGCAGUACUGCUGGUGGCCGAGGUGGCGGAGGGGGCCCCGGCGGCGCCCGCGCUGGCCGCCUUCGCCCGCGACCUCCUGGACGACGAGGCGCCUUGCGCAGCGUGCCCGGGGCCGGUGCCGGGGUGCCGGGCGCGGCGAGCGCAGGGCGCGGGGCGGAGGGCGCUGGGAGCGCGGCUGCUGCUGGUGCUGUGCGGCGGCGGCGCGGCGCGGGACCGCGCGGCGCGAACUCGCCUGCGGGAGGUGGUGCGGGACGUGUGCGGCCGCCUGCCAGCGGGGCCGCCGCCCGCCGUCGUGGGCGUCCUGCUGCCCGGCGGGGACGGAGAGGACGCGGCGGUGCUGGACGCGGCGCUGCGGCGGCACUUCCCGGCGCCCGGCACGGUGCAGGCGGCCCGGUACAGCCCGGGCAGCCCCGGCGACUGCCGUGCCGCCGCCUGCCGCGCCCUGCGGGCUGCCCUGCAGCACCCCGCAGAAGACAUGAAAGACAGGGAGAGGUGGAGGUUGCCAUCCUUUCUGCAGUGCAUUUCUUGGAACCAGAGGAGCUGGAGAAAAGAUUACAAAGCAAAAGCUGAAAACAACAUUCAUGAAGGUAUGCCCAGCUCCCUCCUUGCACUCUGUUGUGAUUGUCAGAAGUUCCUCAUGAUUCCCUGGUGGUUCUGGUGCCCAAGCCCCUUGCUGGUAGCCUCUUCCAGCUACUUCCACCUCUGCAGCUGACCUUGCUUCCCUGGCUGUGGUUUGGCCCAAACCUGAAGACAACCAGCACAUGUAUCUGCUUUGUUGCCAUUUCCUGACCUUUUGCUUGUCUAAACAAAAUCACACUGAGUCUGGUGCCCAAAUACAUGCCUGGAAGCACUGCUGAACUCAGCUGCAUUUUGUUUGAAUGUUUGAUUAGACUCUCCAUCUAGCACCCUGAUAUGUGAUGUUUUCUGCAAACAGGGGUGGAAGGAGUGUUCCCAAAACAUUUGCUUUUGGGGCUGGCAGAGAGAAGGGAGAGGGCAGUAUGCCAUGGGCUCCCUGAUUCUAAAGGAAAUUGUUCAGGUAACACACAGCAUAGCACUCAGCCUGUGUGCAUGGUUGGCACUUUGGCUUGUACUUCCCAGCAGUGACUUUCUUUUUGCAGGAGUGCCUCAUGCAGGAGGCUACAGGGCUUGUGGUGUGGAGAUCCAGGUUGUACUAUGAAGCACAAAGAGGAGGGAAAGCUCCCUCACUGUAAAAGGAAAGACUAGACCAGACUAAACUAGACUAGACUAAACUAGAAUAGAAUAGAAUGUUAUAUUUUCCCUUGAAAGGAACCUACAAUAAUCAUCUAGCCCAAUUGCCUGACCACUUCAGGGCUGGCCAGAUUUUAAAGGAUGUUAUUAAGGGCCUUGUCCAAAUGCCUCUUAAAUAUAAAAAAUACUUAAAGAGCAUAAGAGUCAGACAAAACAACUGAAAUGAAUGCCCAAUUUAUGCAGCUUUGAGACAUGUGAGACAUAGGAGGCUUGUGAGACCCACUCUCCAUGGUCAGAAAAUGGAAGUGCCUGAUCUUGCUGUCAGUCAUGCAAUUUGUUUUGAGAUUGCUGAGACUUCAGGAGGCCAGGAGCUAGGCCCUGUGCUCCUUUGCUCUAUUUGCUGAAGCAAUGUUAAGUUUGUAAAACAAAAUGAAAAUCAGUUUUGGAAAAACAGCUGUGCUUAUGUUGUGAGUAUAUAUCAAUUGCUUCAGCCCAUGCUUUUUUUUCAUCUUAAUCUGCAUUUUCUGGGAAGGAGGGGUUUUCCACUCAGCUCUGCCUUGACUCUCUCUGCUCCCUGCAGGCCUGCAGGGCCCUGAGGAAGAAGUGGCCCUGGCCAGCCUUUCCCCCCAUGGGAACUGUGAAGGAGCUGCUGGAGGCACAGGCACCUAGAGCUGCUGGCAUCCAGCACAGUCCGCAGCCCAGACCUGCCCAGGGAUUUGGAGCAAGGGGAGGAGGAGCUGGUGCAGGCCCUCUCCUCCCAGGACACACAGCUCCAGGGAAAAGCUGCCUGGCUGAACUCGUCGGGGUGUUUUUAGCUGCCAGCAGCACUGAGGGGCUGUGCCAGAGAGCCAUUCCCUGCUGCCCCGGGGCACUUGGAGCUGCAGCUGGACACUGGGCCUCUGAGAAGCCCUUUGGGGAUGUACCUCACAUCCCACGUUGGGACUUUGAGUGUGAAAUGCAGCCGCCUGUUUGAAGAAUGAGAAAUGUUUUCUGAUUCUGAGCAAAGCUCCCUGCUGAGGUUGCUGGGGCUGGCCUCCCUGGCAGACUGAUUCUGCUGCCUUGUUUUCCUGCUUUAUUGGUGCUUGGAAGUUCCCACCCUCUUUGUGAUCAAAAACCAAACCAGAACAGAACAAACCAAACCAAACCAAAACACACAAUCCCCCCCCAGCCAAGUAACAGAGUGGCUUGGAGACUGCAGUGGGACUAAAUGUGAGCUCUGGGAUCCACCAGCGACUGAAAAGGCUCGAAUGUAACAGUGUAACAUGAAGAAUGCAGCAACAGCCCAGCCGGAGUGGCAAGAAUAACGUGAAAGACACUGACAGUACUGGCUUGUUGAAUAA